AUGCCAUUCAAUCAUUUUUCUCUAGCUCACCAAUCAUUGAGCAGGAGUGGUUACCCAUUCGCAGUCACGCAUGGUGGAAAUAAAAGCCUUGCUAUCACGUCAACCUCUGAAUCACUUUGUGCUGAGACACACCCAAUUACAACUCCGGUUCACUGUUUCGGAGAAUAUCAGUAUGAUGACGCUAGACAGUACGAGAAUCUACUGCGCUCACUAUCAUUACCUAAACUGAAAAUCCGAGAAACUGAUUUUGAAAUCAAUCCACCGACUAGAACAUAUUUUGAUCUUGAUGAGCAAGUCGAGCAUGAGUAUCCUGUGAUUUUACCAGCAAACAAUAAUUGUCACAGUGUGAGGAAUCUUUCUGGGUCUCCAACUUUAUUGGGCAACGAUGAAGAAGUUCCGCAGAAUAAAGAUGUGGAAAGUUCACAGCUUUCUUCUCUGGCAGUAUUACCAACUUUCAAAAAACGUCCAAUGUUCAACGCCUUGGGAACUAAAGCGAGAGCUCACAGUGGAGAACAACCUGUAAGCUUAUCGAUAUUCGUCGAGGAGAGCGGUAUGAACAAACAUGAGUUGGCUCACACCGAAACCAAGAAAUUCCAUUGUAACUUCUGUCCAACAAUAUGCAGUUCAAAUUCCAAUCUGAAAAGACACCUCAACAGAAAGCACAGUACCAAGGAACCUUUCCAAUGUGAAAUUUGCGGACACACUUUUGCAAUUAAGGGCGAAAUGAAUCGACAUAAAAAGAUUCAUCUUCCAUCUGGCUACAUGAUAACUUGCCGAACAUGCAAUCAACCGUUUAAGAACUCCUUCAGAUUGAGAAAUCAUCAAAUGAAAAGUACCUGCCAUGUGGAAGAUGGCACUCUGAUGGAAGUCAAGGAAUUUGUAAAUAAACUUGAACCAAUGGUGUCGCCGAUAAAAGGUCAAGCUACUAGUGAGAGAAAUCAACCACAGACCGGUGAUUGGGAAUUGGUGGUGACGGAAUAUUGCGGCUCCACCGAGACGUGA